UCUCUCUCACUCUCAUAAAACGUGUUUUCCCCCCUCGCUUCAGUCACUAUCUCACGAGUGUAACGACUCUUUCGCUUCUCCUGCUCGCUUCUCUCUUCUGCAAAUCUCUAAAUCGCCGUUGCCGGUAAAAAUGCCGUCCACAGGAAAGAAACGUACUAGAUCGAAGGGUAAGAUAGCUCCGGCGGCAACGCCAAUAGUUGAUGAAACUGACGACGGUUCGUUGAAUAGCCCGAUCGAUUUGGGGUUGUCGGAAGACGAGAAGUCUGUAGAGAAGCAGAAGGCGGAGGAAGAAGUGAGGUCUACAAAAGCUUCUCGUUCUGCAAAGAAAGCAAGGAAAAAAAGGCUGUCCACCGGAAAGAAACGUGCUAGGUCGAAGGGUAGGACAGCUCCGGUGGCGACGCCCACGGUUGAUGAAACUGACGAAACUUCAUUGAACAAUCUAAUCGAUCUGGAGGUGUCGGAAAACGAGAAUUCUGUUGAGAAGCAGAAGGCGAAGGAAGAAACGAGCUCUUCAAGAGGUUCUCAUUCUGCAAAGAGAGCAAAGAAAGCUGCGUCGAAGGGUGAGAGCCGCUUGUAUGGAAAACCAGUUCCAGUGGGGGAAGCCCACGAACGUUGGCCUCACAGAUACAAAGAUUUGAAUAAUAAAAAAGUGAAGAAGACCGGUCAAUUAGAUGGCUCUAAAGGUGACGAUCAACAGGAAGUUCUGCGGGCUCGGUGCCAUUACGAGCAAGCCGAAGUUGAUGGAUGCAUUUACAAUCUUAACGACGACGCUUAUGUGAAAGGUGAAGAAGGAGCUCCGGAUUACAUUGGUAGAAUUAUUGAAUUGUUUGAAACUGAAGAUAGGCAGCCUUAUUUUACUGCACAGUGGUUUUUCAAAGCUGAAGAUACUGUCAUCAAUGAUCAUGCCGGCCUAAUUGACUGCAAGCGGGUAUUCCAUUCUGCAUUGAGUGAUGACAACCCAUUGGACUGCAUUGUUUCUAAAAUAAGAAUUGUACAAGUUGCCCCAGAUGUAACUCUCGGAGAAACGAAGAGAACUAUUCCACCUUGUGACUUUUAUUUUGAUAUGUCUUACUCAUUGCCUUACUCAACAAUUGCAAACAUAUCCCCAGAAAAUUCAAGAGCUAGUACUGAAUCGACAAUAUCUAGUGAGACUAGUUUAGAAGGUACGACAGAUGAAAGCAAGUCCAAUGCUGAUUUCACCUUACUAGAUUUAUAUUCUGGUUGUGGAGCUAUGUCGACUGGUUUAUGCCUUGGUGCUAACUUAUCAGGCAUAAACCUUGUUACCAAGUGGGCUGUUGAUAUCAACAAAUAUGCUUGCGAAAGCUUGAAGUUGAACCACCCUGAAACUGAGGUGAGGAAUGAAUCUGCUGAAGAUUUUCUGCAAUUGCUUAAGGAAUGGGAGAAGUUGUGUAAGGAAUUCGACUUGUUCAAAAAAGAAAAAACACCAAUAAUUAGGGAAGAAGAUGAAGAAGAAGAGGAAGAAGAUGGAUCAACAGUUCCCAAAGGGGAGUUUGAAGUUGGAAAGUUGCUUGCCAUUUGUUAUGGCGAUCCAAAUGAAUGCAAAAAGCGUGGAAUUUAUUUCAAAGUACGUUGGAAGGGCUAUGGGCCAAGUGAGGACACAUGGGAGGGUAUUGAAGGUCUUAGCAAAUGCCAAGAAAGUAUAAAGAACUUUGUAACUAAAGGUUUCAACUCAAAUAUCUUACCGCUUUCUGGUGACGUCGAUGUGAUAUGUGGUGGACCUCCUUGUCAAGGCAUUAGUGGAUUUAAUCGCUUUAGAAACAAGGAGGCACCUUUCAAGGACCUUAAAAACCAUCAAUUGGUGGUUUUUAUGGACAUUGUUAAUUUCUUAAAACCCAAGUUCGUUUUAAUGGAAAAUGUGGUUGAUAUUUUGAAGUUUGCUGGUGGGUUUCUUGGGAAGUAUGCUGUGGGCCGGCUUGUUUCUAUGAAUUAUCAAACAAGGCUUGGAAUGAUGGCAGCUGGCUGCUACGGCCUUCCGCAGUUCCGCAUGCGCGUAUUCCUAUGGGGCGCUCAACCUUCUGAGAAGUUGCCUCAAUAUCCAUUGCCUACUCAUGAAGUUGUUGUCAGGGGAGGUGUCCCAGUCAAUUUUGAGAAAAAUAUGGUAGCAUAUGAUGAGAAAAACCGAAUCAUAUUGGAAAAUGCACUACUUUUAGAGGAUGCUAUUUCUGAUCUUCCCCCAGUUACUAAUGAUGAAAGUCAGGAUGAGAUGCCAUAUGGGAACGCACCUAAAACUGAUUUCCAGCGCUAUAUAAGAUUGAGUCGGACUGAGUUGAUGUCUGUUGCUAGUAUUGAGAAAAAGGAAUUAAGCAA